AUGCAGUCUCCAAGAACUCCUACAGACGAGGAUGUUGAAAAGCAAAGGGCAAACGAGCUUGAAGAGACUUCGACCAAGCAAUCGGCCUUCAAAAAUCUCGGCUGGCUCGAUCGCUUUCUGGCCGUAUGGAUCUUCCUUGCCAUGGCUAUUGGAAUUAUACUGGGAAACUUUGUGGAAAAUAUGGGGCCCGCCCUUCAAAAGGGAGAUUUUGUUGGAGUUUCUAUCCCGAUCGCGAUUGGUCUCCUGGUUAUGAUGUACCCUAUUCUUUGCAAAGUGCGAUAUGAAUCUCUACACCACGUCUUCCAAGAGCGGAGGAUCUGGGUUCAGAUUGCGUUCAGUAUAUUUGUUAACUGGAUUAUUGCUCCGUUCCUCAUGCUGGCACUGGCAUGGGCUUUCCUACCGGACGAACCAGAACUUCGGGAGGGCUUGAUUCUCGUUGGAUUGGCUAGAUGCAUUGCUAUGGUUCUUAUCUGGACCGGUCUCGCUGGCGGUGACAAUGAAUACUGUGCAAUUCUUGUUGCGGUUAAUUCAAUUCUUCAGAUGGUGCUCUUCGCUCCCUUGGCGAUUUUCUUCAUCAAGGUCAUCAGUCACGCAGACAGCCAAGUUGCUCUUUCUUAUUCUACUGCUGCUAAAAGUGUGGCAGUUUUCCUUGGAAUACCUCUAGGUGCUGCAAUCAGUACCCGCAUUAUUCUUCGAAGGAUCGCUAGCCCACACUGGUAUGACCAAGUGUUUCUCAAGUGGGUGAGCCCAUGGUCACUUCUUGGGCUUCUUUUCACCAUUCUUGUGUUAUUCGCUUCUCAGGGCCGGCAGGUGGUACAUCAAAUUGUAUCAGUGAUCCGAGUUGCUGCUCCUCUUAUUGUUUAUUUUAUCAUUGUCUUUUUUGUCACUCUUCUUGUGACUUACAAGCUUGGGUUUGGUUACAAGUUGGCAGCCACUCAAAGUUUCACCGCUGCCAGCAAUAAUUUUGAGCUUGCCAUCGCAGUCGCUAUUGCAACGUUCGGCGCAAAUAGCAACCAAGCGCUUGCUGCCACCGUGGGGCCAUUGAUUGAAGUCCCAGUACUGCUUGGCCUUGUCUAUGUUGUCAAGUUUAUAGCUAAGCGAGUUGGAUGGAAUGAUUGA